AUGAAUGCAUUCCUGUUCGUCUAUCUUAAGCCCCGAAUACGUCAUUGGCCAGCUCAUCCAGCUCGACAAAACACAAGCCGGUUGAACAGCGAGGGGUCUGGGAGGCCUGCUGCCCUACAGACAGGCACUCAGAAGGCCCGUAUCGUCUCCACAACGUCCAGAUGUCCACUUGAGAAGUUGCCGUGUCGACUGCACGUGGUUGGCAUGGCCGAGUUGAUAGUUUCACAAUAG